AUGGCAUGUUCUGUGGCUUUUAACAACAAGGAUUUGGAAAUAAGUUUCUUUGUUUUUAAACCAACAAUUGUGAUUAUUGAUGAUCUUGUUCAUGUUCUCAAACUUUUCUCUUUAAGUACCGAAAGCCUUGGUUGUGUUCAAAGCUCUAUCUUUAGAAGCAUCCAUGGAAAUAUGAUUAUAUGGUAUGGAGCAUGGCAGAAGCAAUCCAAUAAAGAAAAAGAGCUUCUAACUUCAACUCUUAAAUCAAUGCUAGCCAAAUUAUCAGCCAUGGCUAAGUUAAUUGAACAUAGUUUUCUUGAAGCAUAUGCUGGAGAAUCAAGAGAUGGUUCAUCAUCUGCAAAACUAACAACAGGAGACAUAAUAUCUAUAAACACAGCAGACACGGCUAGUAGGAAAUAUCUUGAUGACCUUUCCUACGCCGUGUUAGCUUUAUUCAGAUCGCGCUUUGCGAAAAUGGAAGGUGUGACUUCAGGUCUUUGUUUGAAAGGACAAAGUAGAGCAAUUGUUGUUUGCAUUCAUGUGUGGAAGUCUCUUCAUUUUUGUUACUCGUGGAUUCUUAACUCGGAUCAUAGAAAAUGGAUGAUGCCUUAUCUUGAACGAUUUUCGAUCGAUAUGAAGUAUGAUAUUUUUAAAGUAGUUUAUGUUAGUGGUGACAAUGUUGUUGAUGUUAAUUAUGUUUCUCAGCAUCAAAAGUUGGAAAAUGGUAAAGGGAGUAUAGAAAGACAGAUUGUGCAGAAUUGA